CGUUAAAUGAAAAAGCUUAUUCAUAUUGGAAUGUACCAGACGCGACACAGCUUUACGAAAUUAACAAAAAUGCUUCUACCAUAUAGCAACGUUACACACGGUGAGUGGAUUUGAAAUUCCAACAGAAUUGACGUUACUGUUGAUGUCAACGAUUUGUCUUGAUGCGAUACUAUCCUCUUUCCAUAAUCGUCACACUAAGAAUCGUGAAAUCUGCAAAAGGAAACCGAGCAAUUGAAGACUUCUAUUUUCACCAGUAUAUAGGGUACUUCUUUAUUGUGAGCAAACUCGUAGACGAUACCGUUACACAACUUGGUGUGAAAAUCACCAUUUCCUUCUUUACCGUACACGACGAACCUUAUCUAUAUACUCUCUUUCCAUUAUAUAGGCUCAUGUCAAAAUUUCAUUCUUUUGGUCACAUUACUAAUAAUGUUUUAAAUAUAAAACGGUUUUUUACUCACAAUAGUAAGAAUAUACCGGUAUAUUUGUCAGCGUCUUUUCAAAAGAAGAAUACAAAGGUUUCAACACCAGUUACCUUAGAACACCCAGACUCUGGAGAGGAUGCCUUCCUUUGUGUUAAGAAGCCAAAUUACAGUCUUGCUGCUGUGUUUGACGGUGUCGGCGGCUGGGCCAGUAAAGGAAUUGAUCCUUCAAAAUUUAGUUGGGGACUGUGUAAACAGCUUGAGCAACUUGUAUCUAGCAAACAAUCCCUUAUGAAAAACCCUACCGAGUUAUUGACCUCGGCAUUUAACGCAUUGAAGAAAAGUAAGACAGUGGUUGCAGGAUCAUCUACUGCUUGCAUCGCAACAUAUGAAGAGGAAACCUGCAAGCUGCGGACAUUGAAUCUUGGAGAUUCAGGUUACAUGCUCAUUCGAAAUGGACUUGUGGAGUACAUUUCUCCACCUCAAACUGUUCAGUUCAAUACGCCAUUUCAACUCUCGAUAUAUCCAACUGCCCAACCUUAUGAAGAUCCCAUGCAACCCCGUGUAGGACAAAAAAAUACACACAAUAUCCUUCAGAAUGAUGUAGUUAUUGUUGCUACGGAUGGUCUUUUCGAUAACAUGGAAGCUGAGGACUGUGCCAACAUUGUUCGUCAGCUCAUUUCUUCUCCAAGCCAAGACCCGCAGAGCUUGGCUGAUAAAAUAGUGAAGACGAUUUGUCAACAAGCAGUCUCGAAUUCUCGCGAUGAAGUCUGGUUGUCUCCAUUCGCUCGGGCUGCGCAGACAGUAGGUUAUCGGUAUACUGGGGGAAAAGUAGAUGAUACGACUGUCCUGUGCAUGCUAUUUCAGUAAUAAAAAUACUACGGUCUAUUUUAUUUUUCGCAUUAUUUAAAGAUCUUCUGGUCCGAACGAGUCUGGCAGUAGCUAAAUUGUGUGUUAAUG